ACGGGGUUUCACCGUGUUAGCCAGGAUGGUGUCGAUCUCCUGACCUCGUGAUCUGCCUGCCUCGGCCACCCAAAGUGCUGGGAUUACAGGCGUGAGCCACCGCGCCCGGCCUUUUAGACGGAGUCUCACUCUGUUGCCAGGCUGGAGUACAGUGGCGUGAUCUCGGCUUCCAUCUCCUAGGUUCAAGUUAUUCUCCUGCCUCAGCCUCCCGAGGAGCUGGGACUACAGGCGUGCACCACCCUGCCCAGCUAAGUUUUGUAUUUUUAGUAGAGAUGGCAUUUCACCGUGCUGGCCAGGAUGGUCUCGAUCUCUUGACCUCAUGAUCCACCCAUGUUGGCCUCCCAAGGUGCUGGGAUUACAGGCGUGAACCACCACACCUGGCCAGUUUUUCUCACUCUUAAAACAGUGUAGCUCUUGUAGCCCUCAUACCCCUUCUAAGACUAUCUUUUGCCUUUCUCCUCCCAGGGAUUAUACUUUGAUUUGCUAGAUGAAGUGGACCUAAGCCUCCAUUAAUUCUUUUUGUUAGAGCCAAGUAAACACUUAUUUGGCCUUUUGUGAAUUAGGAAUGUCAGUAUAUAAUAACAAUGUUUUCAACUUUUAACUAUAUACUGUUUACCUGUGCUUUUAAAUUGGAAGAUGGUUGUCUGUGUUUGGAGAAAGUCAUUUUGACAGUCUUGGGGCUAUAUGGGUUUUAAUUAUUCUUAGUAGAACCAUUGCAGAUAUUUCCCAUUAACUUUAAUUGCAGUUCUCUGUAGAAAAAUUUUCUGAGAACCCAGUGUAAUGUGUUCACUGAGCAAAUCUUUUUUUCGUUUCAUUUCAGUUGGAAAGACAUCUUUGAUCACCAGAUUCAUGUAUGACAGUUUUGACAACACCUAUCAGGCAACAAUUGGCAUUGACUUUUUAUCAAAAACUAUGUACUUGGAGGAUCGAACAAUCAGGCUUCAGCUGUGGGAUACUGCGGGUCAGGAACGUUUCCGUAGCCUCAUUCCCAGUUACAUCCGUGAUUCUGCUGCAGCUGUAGUAGUUUACGAUAUCACAAAUGUUAACUCAUUCCAGCAAACUACAAAGUGGAUUGAUGAUGUCAGAACAGAAAGAGGAAGUGAUGUUAUCAUCAUGCUAGUAGGAAAUAAAACAGAUCUUGCUGACAAGAGGCAAGUGUCAAUUGAGGAGGGAGAGAGGAAAGCCAAAGAGCUGAAUGUUAUGUUUAUUGAAACUAGUGCAAAAGCUGGAUACAAUGUAAAGCAGCUCUUUCGACGUGUAGCAGCAGCUUUGCCGGGAAUGGAAAGCACACAGGACAGAAGCAGAGAAGAUAUGAUUGACAUAAAACUGGAAAAGCCUCAGGAGCAACCAGUCAGUGAAGGAGGCUGUUCUUGCUAAUCUCCCAUGUCAUCUUCAACCUUCAGAAGCUCACUGCUUUGGCCCCCUUAGUCUUUCAUUGACUGCAGUGUGAAUAUUGGCUUGAACCUUUUCCCUUCAGUAAUAACGUAUUGCAAUUCAUCAUUGCUGCCUGUCUCGUGGAGAUGAUCUAUUAGCUUCACAAGCACAACAAAAGUCAGUGUCUUCAUUAUUUAUAUUUUACAAAAAGCCAAAAUAUUUCAGCAUAUUCCAGUGAUAACUUUAAAAAUUAGAUACAUUUUCUUAACAUUUUUUUCUUUUUUAAUGUUAUGAUAAUGUACUUCAAAAUGAUAGAAAUCUCAACAGUAUGAGUAUGGCCUGGUUAACGAGCAGUAUGUUCACAGCCUACUUUAUCUCUCCUUGCUUUUCUCACCUCACCCUUACCCCCAUUCCCUAUUUCCCUAUUCUUACCUAGCCUCCCCCUACUUCCUCAGAACAAACAAGAGAUGGCAAAGCAGCAGUUUGAUCAAGCCCAUUGGAAUUAUCCUUUAAUUUUACAGAUACCACUUGCUGUAGGCUAUGGACCAAGAUGUCCAAAAUUAUUCUUGAGCACUGAUAUAAAUUACUGUCUUCUUUGAGGUCAAAAUUCAGCCAUCAUGGUAGGCAGUGCUGGAAUGAGAAAAGGCUCCUGUUGCAUCUUCAAAAUGAGUCCUAAAGAACAUACUGAGUACUUAUAAGUAGAAGAACAUAAAAUAUAUUUCUGACUAAAACAAAUGGCUCUUUCACAUGUGCUUUAUUAGACUCUGGGAGAGAAAAUUAACCAAGUGCUUCAGAACAGGUUUUUAGUAUUUAAUUCUUCAUGGUAAGAAAAUGAAGUUCUAAUGAACUAUUUCUCCCAAGGUUUUAAAAUUGUCAAGAGUUAUUCUGUUUGUUUAAAAAAUAAGAAACCUCUUUAAGCAAUAGAUUUUGCUUGGGUUUUCUUUUUUUUUUUUUUUUUUUUUUUUUUGAGACGGAGUCUUGCUCUGUCGCCCAGGCUGGAGUGCAGUGGCGCAAUCUCGGCUCACUGCAAGCUCCACCUCCCGGGUUCACGCCAUUCUCCUGCCUCAGCCUCUCUGAGUAGCUGGGACUACAGGCGCCCGCCACCACGCCCGGCUAAUUUUUUGUAUUUUUGGUAGAGACGGGGUUUCACUGUGGUCUCGAUCUCCUGACCUCGUGAUCCACCCGCCUCGGCCUCCCAAAGUGCUGGGAUUACAAGCGUGAGCCACCGCGCCCGGCCUGGGUUUUCUUUUUCAAAAAAAUAAUACUAUGCAGGCAAGGCACUGUAAAAGUUAAAUUCCUUCCAGAAGAACCGGUGGAAGAAUUUAAAUUUGGCACUACGAUGAAAACUACUGAAUUAGUAGAAAUAAUGAUAUCUAAAGCUUACCAACAAAAGAACCCUCAGCAGAAUAGCAAAAACUUUGCUCAGGACAUUUGAGGUCAAAUUGAAGAUGGAAACUGGAAACCGUUUUCUUGUAAGCCCCUAGAGGCAGAUCAGGUAAAGCAUACAUAGUAGAGGGAAAGGAGAGAAUAGAAAUAAAACUCAAUAUUAUGCAGAUUUAUGCCUUAUUUUUUAGCAUUUUUUAAGGUUGGGUCUUUCAGGCUGGUUUUGGUUUGUAUUAGAUCUGUAUAGUUUAAUUAACUAGUGAUUUAGUUUUAUAUUUAAGCUACAAUUAAUCUUUUUUCUUUGGUGAUAUUUAUUUCUUUGCCUUUUUUUUUAACAACUUCCAAUUUUCAGAUGUUUCGUUGAAUCUAUUUAGAGCUUCACCAUGGCAAUAUGUAUUUCCCUUAAAACACUGCAAACAAAUAUACUAGGAGUGUGCCCUUUUAAUCUUUACUAGUUAUUGUGAGAUUGCUGUGUAAGCUAAUAAACACAUUUGUAAAUACAUUGUUUGCAGGAAGAAAACUUCUGAGUUACAGCUCAGGAAAAGCCUGCUGAAUUUAUGUUGUAAGCAUUACUUAACACAGUAUAAAGAUAAAAAGACAACAAAAAUAUCUUCAUACUUCCUCAUCCCCUCAUUGCAACAAAACCUUAAACUGGGAGAACCUUAGUCCCCUCUCUUUCCUCUUCCUCCUCCACUUCCCACUUAUUGUCACCUUGUAAUAUUCAGAGAGCACUUGGAUUAUGGUUCUGAAUAGAGAAAUGCUUACAGAUAAUCAUUAACCCACAUACCAGUAACUUACACUUAAAGAUGGGAUGGAGUUGUAAAGUGCUUUUAUAAUACAAUAUAAUUGUUAAAGGCAAGGGUUGACUCUUUGUUUUAUUUUGACAUGGCAUGUCCUGAAAUAAAUAUUGAUUCAAUAUGGCA